ACACCGGCGCGCGCACAGCCUCCCUCACACAGUGUCUCUCCCUCUCUCUCUCUCUCCCUCUCUCUCACACACACACACACACACACACACACACACACACACACACACACACACACACACACAAAUACACACAAACACACACACUGACAUAGUCAGACAAGAGAUUCCCGGCCACGUAAGGAGCUAUUAAUACCGACCGUGGCGGCGAUGCAGGCUUCUUGAGCUAGGGCUCGGCCCCGGGCACUCUGGGUGCCCCUUCGCUUCCCUCCGCACCGAGGCGCCUCAUACUCGCCCCCCAGCAGAGUCCCAGAGGGGCCUCUCGCCUGUUUUUUUUCAAACUGUCAAGACCCCCUCCUACCAUUGCCCUCCCCCCCACCCCGGAGAAUUUCCGCCUUGGGCUCUGGAGAGGGGACACAAGGAAAGAGCCCAGGACUCGCAUCGCGGCAGACAGGCAAAGCAACCCUUGCUUCUGGACAGGCAGAGAAGAGACAGAGAGCUAGAGAUCCAGAGCGGUGCGAGACCUGCUCGGGAGGACGAGCCAUCUGGGCCUGAGCUGAGAAGCGGGGGCUUGGAGUUGGACAGCCCUCUGUCCGGUCCCUUCCACCCCACGCUAGGGGUGUGUGCGGCCACUGGGCUAAGAGCCCCGGAGGGGCCUCUGGGAGGCUCGCGCCGGCACGGAAGCACGGGGAGAGCCCCUGCCUCUUCCAGACUCGCUCCAGGGAGUUGAGGACAGCACUAGAGGCGACAGCUGCAGGGGCCAGAGGUGGAGAGGCAUGAGCCUCCUCUGAAUCCAGGCUCUCCUUCUCCGGCCGAGGACGCCCCGGGCUGAGCGCCCCACGAAGUGGGCUGGGCCGCCAGGCUCGCGUCCAGUCGCCACUUCAGAAGCCGCUUUUGUUGGCUGUGCUGUGCGCCCGCGCGCCAGUCGGUCCGUCUGUCCACCCACCCGCCGGUCUGUCUGUCCGUCUGUCCGACCGCCACAAGUUCAAUGCUCCCUCGCUAGUUAGUGGAGCGUUUGAGGGGAGCCUUCUCUCGCUGGGAAAAGGUGAAGACGCCAUCUACAGUCAAAACGUAGACAACUUCUCUCCUCGCCUCCCCACGCCCCCCACCAAAAAAAAAAAGGAGGAGGGGGACCCACGGAUCCUGUAUGCUGUGCUCGGAGUUGCGGAGCCUCGCAGGCUGCAGCUUUCUUGUUUCUUUCCACGCUGUUUGGGCUUUGACUUUUCUUCCUUCCUUCCUUUUUUUUUAAUACGGUCCUCUGGCAGCCUGGACCCUGGGCCCGCUGACCGCACGGCCUCGGACCCUGCCUCCCUCCGGCCACUGCUGCAGCUCGGACUUUCUUUCCUCGCCUCGGAAUCCUCCCUCAGGCUCCCCAGAGACAGUCGAACGUUGCAGUUCGCUGCGUUCUGAAGCCGGCUACUUUGUUUCCCUCGCCGCGCACGUUCAGAAACAUUAAAAAAAAAAAAAAUCAGCGUUUGAACGGCGGUUUCAGUCCAUCGCCCGCAGCGGCGGCGGCGGCGGCAGCGGCGGCGGCGUUGUUCCGUGCUGGGAACAAAAGGGGCCGCUCGCCGACCCGCCCGCCUGCGGAGAAAGUGCUCCCCGGACCCGCUUUCCCAGCGGCAGAGGUGUCCAAGCUACCCGGCUCUUUCUUUGCCCCUCGGAUUUCCUAACUCUUCCUGCACGCAGCCCCCUCCCCUUCCCUCUCUUCUCUUCUCUACCCUCACUUCCCCCCCACCCCUUUUUAAUCUCUAACACAAAGGCGCCUGCAGCCGGACUCGCCAGCGAUUGUAACCCGUCCCCACCGGGUUUUGUUGUUUGCGUGUGAUCGCCACCCUCAUGAACAUACAAAGAUCCACCCCGAUCACAAUCUCACGCUAUGGGAGACCGCGGACCAAAACCCAGGAUUUUGAAGAGCUGUCGUCCCUGAGGUCCACCGAGCCCAGCCAGAGCUUCAGCCCUAACCUCGGCUCCCCGAGCCCGCCGGAGGCUCCCAACUUGUCGCAUUGCGUUUCCUGCAUCGGGAAAUAUUUAUUGCUAGAACCUCUGGAGGGAGACCACGUUUUUCGGGCUGUGCAUCUGCACAGUGGAGAAGAGCUCGUGUGUAAGGUGUUUGAUGUCAGCUGCUAUCAGGAGUCUCUGGCUCCCUGCUUCUGCCUACCUGCCCACAACAACAUCAACCAAAUCACCGAAAUCCUUCUUGGGGAGACCAAGGCCUAUGUUUUCUUUGAACGGAGCUAUGGGGACAUGCAUUCCUUUGUGCGAACCUGCAAGAAGCUAAAGGAGGAGGAAGCAGCCAAACUCUUCUAUCAGAUUGCUUCUGCUGUAGCUCACUGUCACGAUGGGGGACUGGUCCUUCGGGACCUCAAGCUUCGAAAGUUCAUCUUCAAGGAUGAGGAAAGGACCAGAGUGAAGCUUGAGAGCCUGGAAGAUGCAUACAUUUUGCGAGGCGGCGACGAUUCCUUGUCCGAUAAGCACGGCUGCCCAGCCUAUGUGAGCCCGGAGAUCUUGAACACAAACGGCAGCUACUCUGGCAAAGCCGCGGACGUUUGGAGCCUGGGCGUCAUGCUCUACACCAUGCUGGUUGGACGCUACCCUUUUCAUGACAUUGAGCCCAGCUCUCUCUUCAGCAAGAUCCGGCGUGGCCAGUUCAACAUUCCAGAGACUCUGUCCCCCAAGGCUAAAUGCCUUAUUCGUAGCAUCCUGCGGCGGGAGCCCUCUGAGCGGCUGACCUCACAGGAAAUUCUGGACCAUCCUUGGUUUUCAACAGAUUUUAACGUCUCAAAUUCAGGAUAUGGUGCUAAGGAAGUAUCUGACCAGCUGGUGCCGGAUGUGAACAUGGAAGAAGACUUGGACCCUUUUUUUAAUUGAGCAUACUUAAAGACUCAGUGUUUAGAAGGUACGCGAGUCACAUGAAGGAUCCCUUCUUGACUGAGUUCUACCACCCCCUCAUAUCGGCCUAGCUUGGUAGCAAAAGAGGGACACACUCAUGAGCUGCUGGGUGCAAGGAAAGAAGAUCCGCCCUAUGAGAGCUGCCCUACCCCACCACAUGUAGCAUGGGGGGAUAACCAAGGCUGGGCUGGGGUGGGCCAGGGCAGAACUCUGCUAUCAGGAUAGAUUGAUGGGAGAAAAGGCAAUAGGGAGAGGGCGUGACUCCCCUCGACGUACCUUGGCUCCAAGGAGACGGCACAUGUCAACUCUCAAUUCCGGGGGCAGCUCUCGACCACUCCAAUUUCUGUUUUGAUUUGCAGAUCUCAGUGGGAUAAAAACUUUCUUUUUUCCUUUUUUGCCUCAGACACACAUCUUGGCAUCGCACUGUUAGUAUUUAACUCCUUGUCAUUUAUUCAGGGAAGGGACAAUUGGCCGACGAUUUUUACUUUUCAAGAAAACAAACCAACCUGUCUGAUAACUAAACAGGACUCACUCCAACACAAAAUGAAAGCUGGUACAAAAUGGUCUGGCGUGUGUAAAGUGGGUGCUAAAAUCUAACCCAGGAAGAGUUCAAUUCACAUCUGAGCUGUUUCUUCUAAGUCAACUAGUUAAUAUUCUCGUCGGGAGUUGACAUAGAGUGCUUCGUGCUUCUCCUGGGGAAGGGUCUCUCCUUCAGCAAACCCUUCUGUUUUGUGUUGAGUGGGUUGUCACAGGAAGCCAUUAGGACUCUGAAAUUCCAGCAGAGUUACUGCUACAAGAGCUAAUUAAUGUUUUUUUAAUAGAAAAAGAGAGGGAUGUUGAGAAACAAGGCUAGAGAAAUGCGAAGUCAUCUUGUUGUUCAUGGAAUAAGUUGGGAACACAGGCUUCCCUGUUUGCCAUGCUUGUUACUAGCAAAUGGGCCAGAGAGAACAGGGCACUGGUAAGUCACCGUGUGACUUUGGUCUGGUCCUUUCUCGGCCUCAGUUUCUUCCUCCGUAAAACGAGAGGGUGAUUGCUCAAAUCCCUUCCAACUCUGCCAUCCUAGGUUCCAGGUUCCCUCCUGGCUCUCACAUUGGACUCUUCUGUGAUUCCCAGCGUUGGGUUUUGAUACAACAGCAUUACAAGUGGUUGGCCCCAGGGUAAAAUCCAGGGUCAGUUCAGAGAGGAUCCCAGCCCUGACUGAGCUGGUCUUCUGCCCCACUGGAAUGGGGAGUUAACUAGCUUGUGGCUUCUGAUUUAGAACAGCAGCCCGCCAUCUUCACACUCAACAGAGAGGAAAGAUGCACCUUCAUUUUGUAUCGUAUGGUCCGGAAUCAUUCUAUUUAUUAAGGAAAAAGUCACCGUUGUGAUAGAUGAAUGCCAGUAUGUCAAUUACGGGUUCACCGGGAUGACAUGUUACAUGCUGUAGCUGACAAUGAUCCUUCUUUUUAUUUUUUUCCUUCCCCUGUUUGGGUAUUUGUCCCUGAAAUGACUGUUUCUUUGGCUUUCCUCGGUAGCUAGCUUUCUUUGAUUUAGCCUGGCAGAUCCCCGCUUUUCUCUUGCUGUAUGAUAAGGAACUCCCUUGGCCUCCGUCUUUGUGUUUCUAGUAUGUACCUCAUUGUUGGGACUUGAUUGCUUGUGUGUGUGCUUUGUGAAAUGGUCACAUUUUCUGGGUAGGUAACACGUGGACUCUCUAGGAUGUAAAUGUUACUUGAAUUUGUGUUUUGUUAGAGUAUGUGGCAUGUACAUGCAGAUGCUUGGAUGCUCCCAACCUGCCCGGCAGGAUAUAACACGGUCACACUCGCAAGACAACCGUUCCCAGGAGACAGAGCUGCCGCCAACCUGCCCUCGGUUUCAUUUUGGUCACUGAGACUCUCUAAAGGAGGAAUGUUUUAUUUUAUUUCAUUUUAUUUUAUUUUAUUUUAUUUUAUUUUUUACACUCUGAAGAUGGUGCUGUGUCAAGAAGGACCUUUUUUUUUCCCCCCUGUUUGUUUGUCUGUCUGGUUUCUCCCUCCCCCUUCCCCUCCCUGCCUUAUUUUUUUAAAGUCCCUUGUAGGAAGAAAGAUCGGUGAUGUGCAUGGCGGGGCUCUCCACCCUCUGGUGCUUUGUCACAGAUUUCGAUUUCAUGUUUUUGUCCUAAUCUCUUCAAUAAAUAAAAUUGUGCAUAUUUAACUAAAA